AUGGGUGCUAAGCUUACAGUUAUAGAAAAUAGGUGCAACGAUGAUAUUGAAAUUAGAGUUUGGGUUCCUCCUGCUCGACCCGACAAAUUUCAAAGCAUAAUCAGAAUUGAAGGUAAUGGUGGAUGGAAGGAAGUGAAUUCAAAGAAUUUUAUCCAUGCAGAUGCUACGAUUCUUGAUGAACGUGUGUCGUCUACUAUGUUGAUGAUUUAUAUUGAUGGUGUUUAUACAGGAUAUUACUUUCUUCUCACAGACUUGGUUAAAUAUGCCAAACUCAUCAUAUGUAACAGAAAAAAUGAAGAUGGGAUGGUUGUUGUUCAAGGAAUCAAACCAACUUUCAACUUCUGCAGAUUCAAGGGCUGCGCCUUCUUUCCCUAUAUCAGAGAAAAGGAGAUGAUUUAA